AUGGCUCUCUACAAAGUGAUCUGUGUGGCAGCUCUGUUGACUCUACUGGCAGCAGUCUCCAUACCGAACCCAUUAUCAGAGGACAGCACCCUUAACAUCACAUCGAACAGAACGUUGAGACAAAAGAGAUCCUCCAACAUCGGUGGUGAAACUGGACUUGGGAAGAUGCAUGCUAGAAAUGAGGCCUUCUUCCUUCCCUGGGAAGGUUCUGAGUAUUGGUACAAGGACUAUGAGGUCCUGACUAUGAACAAAGAUAUUUCCAAAGAGCGCAUUUCUAAUGUCAGGUACAAUAUUAAUCAGGCUGAAAGAUUUCAGCAUCCUCCAGAGGCCAUGGGCAAGUCUACCCUUGUCAAUAAUCAGUGCAGAGAAGUUACAAAAACACAUACGAUCUCAAACACGUAUGAAGAAGAGAAAAGGUGGGACACUAGCAUUGCCAUCUCAGCUGGUGUCACAGCUAGCAUCACUGCUGGAAUCCCAUCUGUUGCCGAAAUAGGUAUUCAGGUUAGCACUGAGGUAACCAACGCAUUCUCCAGUGGGACCACCCUAAAGGUGUCGAAAAACCUCGCUGUUGAUGUCGAAGUAAAUGUACCACCAAACCACUCCUGCAGUGUCAGUAUUGUAGGAAAUAAAUACUCAACAAAUAUCCCUUACACAGCACGCCUCACCCGCACCUACCGUAAUGGGAGAACCGCAUCGACAACCAUCACUGGGGUGUACAAGGGUGUCAAUGUUGUAGAUUUCAAGACUGUUGCGGAUCGCUGUGUUCCUAUACCCAAUGCUAAGCCUUGCGAAUAAAAGAAAAAUGGAAUAAUACUUAAAAGGUACUUAUGCUAAUUUCCAGCUCUAUAUUUUUGAUUUUUUUACUCCACUAGCUUUGAAUGAUUCACAGUUCAAAAAAACGUAUUAAUCUUAUAGUGGCCCUUUAUGCAGCCUCUCAGUUCAGUCUGAAGCAGGCUGUUUUGGAUCCCUGAACCAACAACGCUGUUAUACUGCAGUGUUUUCUCUUGUGAUGUAACUCUGUUCUUCUCAAUCAAGCUUCAAUAAACUUUCCAGCAUCAGA